AUGGAAGAUGACUUUGCAACUCCAAUUGAUGCCACUGAUAUGAAUGAGGCACCUGCUUGUGUUGAUGCCCCGGCUAUGGAUGAGGCACAUGCUAGUGUUGUUGUUUUUUUCGAGGAACAAGUUAUAACCCUUUGCCAAACACGAAAAAAGAAAGUAAACAAGAAAAUAACACCAAAGAGAAAACCUACGGAGCCCAAAAAGUGUAAGUCAAAAACCAGAAAGCGCAAGGCACUUGUUGAUGUUGGUGAUGAAGUAGUGCAUGUUGUGCAUGAGAUUGAUGAAGGCUAUGAAACUGAAGAACUUCUUAGUGAUGCAUGUGAUGAAGACAAUGAUGAUUCUGCUACACCAAGGUUAGAGAGGUUCAAGAAGGAAGAUAUGGAGGUUGAGCAGAAAGAGCCAUCAGUGGAACGUGAGGAGGAGCCACCAAAGUCUGAAGAGAGAGAUGAGGUGCUUCCGGAGCCACAAGACGAGGAUUGGGUUAGUGAGAACCCUAGUAAGGCUAAGCGAAAGGUUCAGAGCUUCUUCUGUCUGCUAGUCAAUUCUUACUUCGAUAAAGAGGGUGACAUCUACUGUGGCUUGAGGAAUCAUAUGCUUAGAGAGUUCACCAAUGAGUCGAUACCAGACGAUGAACCCACCACCGAGGAAGAAGAAGAGGACGAAGAUGACGAUGACGACGAGGCAAAGGAUUAG